GCAAAGCAUUCGUGUAAUUUGCGUGAACUCGUAUUGUCUUAAAAAUUUUCUUCUCCGCGAAAAUUUGUUUUCUAUAAUAAAAAAGUGCAUUAAAUUAAUUAAAAAGUGUGAAAAAGGGUCGUCUUACAUAAACUAAGCGGUGUGGUGUGCUCUUCCUAAAUCACCAAGAUGAGUUACAUGCCAGCGCAAAACCGUACAAUGUCGCAUAACAAUCAAUACAAUCCUCCGGACCUGCCGCCCAUGGUCUCGGCCAAGGAGCAAACGUUAAUGUGGCAGCAGAAUUCGUAUCUGGGCGAUUCUGGUAUUCAUUCCGGUGCGGUCACACAAGUACCAUCGUUGUCGGGCAAAGAGGAUGAACAAAUGGAGGACGAUCCACUUAUGUUCGAUUUGGAUACUGGCUUUCCACAAAACUUCACCCAAGAGCAGGUGGACGAUAUGAAUCAACAGCUGAGUCAGACACGUUCGCAGCGUGUACGUGCCGCCAUGUUCCCCGAAACUUUGGAGGAGGGCAUCGAAAUACCAUCGACUCAGUUCGAUCCCCAACAGCCCACAGCAGUGCAGCGCUUGUCGGAACCAUCACAAAUGUUGAAACAUGCCGUAGUAAAUCUUAUCAACUAUCAAGAUGAUGCCGAAUUGGCCACACGUGCCAUACCCGAAUUGAUCAAGUUGUUGAAUGAUGAAGAUCAAGUGGUUGUCUCACAGGCCGCCAUGAUGGUCCAUCAAUUGUCGAAGAAAGAGGCUUCUCGCCAUGCCAUUAUGAAUAGUCCUCAAAUGGUUGCCGCUUUAGUGCGUGCCAUUUCCAACAGCAAUGACUUGGAGAGCACCAAAGCUGCUGUGGGUACGCUACACAAUUUGUCACAUCAUCGUCAGGGCCUGUUGGCUAUCUUCAAGAGUGGUGGCAUACCGGCUUUGGUGAAACUGCUGUCAUCACCUGUUGAGAGUGUGCUCUUCUAUGCCAUUACUACACUACAUAAUUUGUUGUUGCAUCAGGAUGGUUCGAAAAUGGCCGUGCGCCUGGCUGGUGGCCUGCAAAAGAUGGUCACCUUGUUGCAGCGCAAUAAUGUGAAAUUCUUAGCCAUCGUUACGGAUUGCUUGCAAAUUUUGGCCUAUGGCAACCAGGAGAGCAAAUUGAUCAUACUGGCUUCGGGCGGUCCCAAUGAACUGGUACGAAUUAUGCGUUCGUACGACUAUGAGAAGUUGCUCUGGACUACUUCGCGUGUGCUAAAGGUACUCUCCGUAUGCUCGAGCAAUAAGCCAGCCAUUGUUGAUGCUGGUGGCAUGCAGGCUUUGGCUAUGCAUUUAGCCAAUCCCUCACCACGUUUAGUGCAAAACUGCUUGUGGACACUGCGUAAUCUAUCCGAUGCCGCCACCAAGGUAGAUGGUCUCGAACCACUACUGCAAUCCUUGGUGCAGGUAUUAGCCUCGACGGACGUGAAUGUUGUCACUUGUGCCGCUGGCAUACUUUCGAAUUUAACUUGCAAUAACCAACGCAAUAAAGCUAUCGUUUGUCAAGUUGGUGGUGUCGAUGCACUGGUGCGCACCAUUAUAAAUGCCGGUGACCGCGAAGAGAUCACCGAGCCGGCUGUGUGCGCAUUGCGUCACUUGACCUCACGUCAUGUGGACUCUGAAUCGGCACAGAACGCCGUACGUCUCAACUAUGGACUGUCGGUGAUUGUAAAGCUUUUACAUCCACCAUCACGUUGGCCGCUAAUCAAGGCCGUCAUCGGCUUGAUACGCAACUUGGCCUUGUGCUCGGCCAACCAUGCACCAUUGCGCGAACAUGGCGCCAUACACAAUUUGGUGCGCCUCUUAAUGCGCGCAUUCCAGGAUACUGAACGCCAACGUUCAUCUGUUGCCACUACCGGCUCCCAACAGCCAUCCGCUUAUGCCGACGGCGUACGUAUGGAGGAGAUCGUCGAAGGCACCGUCGGUGCUCUACACAUAUUAGCACGUGAAUCGCACAAUCGCGCUUUGAUACGACAACAAUCUGUCAUACCGAUAUUUGUGCGUCUACUUUUCAACGAAAUCGAAAAUAUACAGCGCGUUGCCGCUGGCGUACUUUGUGAGUUGGCCGCCGAUAAAGAGGGCGCCGAAAUGAUCGAGCAAGAAGGUGCCACUGGUCCGCUUACCGACCUAUUGCACUCGCGUAACGAAGGUGUUGCUACCUAUGCAGCAGCCGUGCUAUUCCGCAUGAGCGAGGACAAGCCACAAGAUUACAAAAAGCGUCUUUCUAUUGAAUUGACCAAUUCGUUGUUGCGCGAAGACAACAAUAUGUGGGGAAAUGCUGAUUUAGGCAUGGGUCCGGAUCUACAGGAUAUGCUUGGACCCGAACAAGCAUAUGAAGGUUUAUAUGGGCAGGGCCCGCCGAGUGUGCACAGCUCACAUGGAGGUCGAGCAUUCCAACAAGGAUAUGAUACUUUACCAAUAGAUUCAAUGCAAGGCUUGGAAAUAAGCAGCCCAGUGGGUGGUGGCGGCGGCGGUGGUAAUAGUGUUCCACCAAGCGGUGCACCAACUUCACCAUAUUCGAUGGAUAUGGAUGUAGGUGAGAUCGAUGCUGGGGCCUUGAAUUUUGAUUUGGAUGCAAUGCCGACUCCACCAAAUGACAACAACAACUUGGCCGCUUGGUAUGACACCGAUUGUUAAUAAGCUAAUAUUAUGAAAACAAAACAAAAUUAAACAUUUUAAAGUCGA